CGGGUCGUUCCGAAGCGGAGUCCCAAUUGUCGUGGAAACGAUGAUGAUAGAGGUUGUUGUAACAGGUUAGCUGUAACUGGUUGUUCUUCUCUGGGGAAAAUAUCUUCCGGUUGAUGCAGCUAUUGCUGAGUUGACAAUAUUUGGUUGAUUAAGAAUCAGGUCGUUCCCGAGCGGAGAUCCAAUUGUCGUGGGAACGAUGAAGAUAGAAGUCGUUUGGUGGGGUUUCGAUGGACUUACUUGUAAUAACCUGGCUAUACAUCGCCAACCUAACCCCUAAAAAAGCGAUUUAUUUCCGUUAAAAAAAUGAAAAAUUAACACAUCUGGCAACCGUAGGUUGCCCAACAAAAACCACAAAAUACUAAACCAUAAUUUACAACGCUGUUGUUAAAAUGCUAUACAACCAAAUAAAAUUGUAUAGUAAAUACAUGUAGUAUAUUUGCAAAACAAAAGUAAAUUAUUGCAAAACUAAAUUAAAAUGGAUAAAACUACAAAAACUAUUGUAAAACGAAAUCGUGAUAAACGACACAAUAAACGUUGGGCUGAUAAUGAAAUCAAACAAUUGUUGCAAUAUAUAAAGGAACAAGCAGAAUUUGAGAAACCAACGGCACAAAUAUUUUAUAGAAAAUUUUUGGAGACUAGUAAUCUAGAUGCUUCCUGGUCUUUAUGUCGUUGGAAAAUUAAAAAUCUUAAAGUUAACUAUAGAAAAGCAGAAACAUGGAGAAGAUCCAAUGGAUUUGUGGAAACGCAACCAAAUGUUAAAGAAACUUUACAUAAAAUGUGUCGAUUUUAUGAUGAUUUGCAUCAAGUGUUUGGAAAAACUUUUGAAAAUAUCCACUAUGAAACCUUAGACAGUAAUAGUAUGGUCAAUUACAAUAGGAAUUAUGCCAAUGAAAGUGCUAUGGAAGAUGGAAGUAUGGAUGAAUAUUGUAUGAGUGCUAUAAAAACAGAAGAAAAUGUAAAUGAAGCCCCUUUAUUAGUACCUCUACGUUCGGAUAGUAAUUCUUCAGAAUUAUCCAUACCUUUAGAAACUGACGAUGAAGAUGGUAAUCUUAAAGAAACUUUGCAACAAGAAUUUCCCACCAAAUGGUCAAAAGCAAAAAAUGUCAAAGCAUCAAAUCACGUUGAUGAAGGACAGAGUGAAAGAGUCCUUUUUUUAAAAAUGAAAUUUGAUUUUGAAAAAGAAAAAUUUCGCAAGGAAUUCGAAUUAAAAGAAAGAAAAUUUGCCGAAGAAAUUAAAGAACGAAAGGAAAAUUUUGAAUUGAAAAAGUUACAAAUGGAAAUGUAUGAACGUUUGCGUAUAUUAGAGUUGCAGAAACAGGAAAGAAUCGAAAGAUUUGAAAUUGAAAUGAAAUAUGGUUAUGGGAAGAAGGAAAAUUAGAACUUAUGCGGAUAUAAUAUUUAAGGUAUUGUUAACAAUAAAACUAUUUUAUGCAGAAUUUUAAUUUUUUCAAGUGAAAGCUUAUAAAAAUAAUGCAUAUUACAGUUUGGAAUAUGAACGGUACUAUAGCCUGGACCACAGUCAGAUCUAGUGACUAAAGUUUAGUCACUAAACUAUAGUUUAGUUUAGUCACUAAACUAUAGUUAAAGCUAUAGACAAGACUAUUGUUUUGCCUAUUGACUAUAUUACACUCUGGGCUAUAGAAUAUGGACUAUAGUCCAGACUGUAGACUAUAAACUUACUGGACUAUAAACUUGUCUAUAGGCUGGACUAUAACUUGACUAUAGACUGGACUAUAGACUUUCC